UACUUUUGACUUUUUGCUAUUAAACAUGUAAAAAAAAAAAUCAUUAUUUUUACUAGUAAUGGCAGCGAUCAGCGACUUAUAGCAGGACUGCAGGACUGUGGCGGGCAUUCUGACACUGGGGGGAACUGGCUUAGUGUCACUGACAUCUCCAGUGACACCAAUACAGUGAUCAGUGCUAACAAAAAGCACUGAUACUGUACUAAUAGCACUGGGCAUGAAGGGGUUAACAUGUGGGGCGAUGAAAGGGGUAACUGUGUGCUGUUUUACUGUAAGCUGUGUCUGUGCUUUCAACUGUAAGCACACUGCUUUGUAUGGUUAUGCUAUGCAGAGCCAUACAGAGCAGUGUGCUGGAGCUGACAGCACCAAACCCUCCCGUAAAACACUCCCAGCA